AUGCCUCCUGAACGACAAGGCACCCAAAAGCGCCGGCGCCUCCCCUUCAACCCCCCACGACCGCGAGACACCAUCACCACCGCUGGGCCCUCAACCUCAGUAUCAGCAUCAACCAAAGUCAAGCCUCCCUCCAAAGUCGCCAAGAAGACAGUCAAUGCGACAGCAUCCUCGUCGAAAAGUACACGCAAGCCCGCCGCUGUUACAAAAGCCUCUUCUUCUCGCCAGAAAGCCCCCGCCCGACCUAGCGCCGCGGCUUCAGACUCAGGCUCCGAACCGCAGUCUGGAUCUGAGGGCUCGGACACUGGCAGUCAAGAUCGCGAGAGAUCGCCCUCUGAAGAACCAGAUUACAUUCUUGCGGAGAUCACGAAUAAUGAUGAGGCGGAUGAUGUGAUGUCGAGCGAGCCUGCUAUCCCGCCGAAAUUGCUCACCAGGUUAUUACACCAUCAUUUCAAGAGCGAGAAGACUAAGAUUGCGAAGGACGCGAAUGAGGUUGUGGCUAAGUAUGUGGAUGUCUUUGUGAGGGAGGCGUUGGCUAGAGCGGCGUAUGAGAGGGCUGAAGGGUUGGCUGAUCGUCCUGGGGGGAUAUCGAUUGGAGAUGGGUUCUUGGAGGUCGAGGAUCUUGAAAAGAUGGCUCCGCAACUUGCGUUGGACUUCUAG